AUGAUUCCUCUGCAAAAGAAGUUUAGGGUUAUGAAAGAAAAAAUAAAAGCCCUUCACAUUCCGCCGGAUAUUUUAUUCGACAUAUUUUUGCGGCUACCUCCAAAAUCACUCAUAAGAUUUAAAAGCGUGCACAGCUCUUGGCUUUCUCUGAUUUCAAGCCCUAAUUUCCGUCUUAAGCAUCUCCACCAUGCUAGGGCAAGCUCCUCCUAUCGACAUGGAAUUCUGAAAAGUGAGGAUACAUACCUUUCUCUUCAUGGACUGAGACAACUACAGGCAACCGGAAAUCUUGAACUUCCACCCAUCCCCGAACCAGAAAACACAGUUGACAUGAAAGCCUCGGUGGUUAGUUCUUGUAAUGGAUUGUUACUUUUAUGUAUUUCAUAUAAGAACAGGAGAGAUUUUAUAUUGUGGAAUCCAUCUAUUAGAGAGCACAUAACCAUUCGCAAAAGCUCUUUUCUAAUACAUAAUACCUAUAUGUGCGGGCUCGUUUUUGACGAAUUUAACGAUAAUUACGAAGUUGUAGAUGUUUGUUUUGAUAGAUAUGGAAACAAUUCGGAAGUUGAAGUUUAUAACUUGAAGGAAAAUCGUUGGAAUAGAAAAAGUUAUCGGAUUCCGACCGACGACGACGAUAACGAUGGCCGGCCGUAUAUUAACAACGAACCAGGGAUUACUCUGCGGAAUGGUAUUCCACAUUGGAUAAUUAGAAUCCGAAAUUUUGAUACUUUGACAAUCGAAAUUCUGUCAAUCGAUUUGGUGCAAGUGAAAUUCAAGAAGCUGCCUUUACCGCCACCUCUGGCGAACCCUGAUCCUAACCCGUGUAAUAUCGUUAUACCUGGUCGCUAUAGACCAGCUUUUAUGUCUACUCUACAUGGUAAUCUUUGUGUGGGCAUUCCUGGUAUAGGGAACUUGAAGGUAUGGGUGAUGAAAGAGUAUGGUGUGGCAGAAUCUUGGAUCAAAUUAAGCAAUAUGGUUUUUCCAGUAGAUCUACCCAGAAUUUCCUGUAUCUUGAUGCCGCUGGAUUUUAUCGGAAGAGAUGAAGUUGUAAUGGGAGUCGGUAGAAACUCAUUGAAAAUAUAUGACCGUAAAAAUUUCCAAUACAGUGACGAUAUCUAUAUUCAUCGUCUUCAACCAUGGCCAACUCAGGCCACAUAUAUAGAGACUUUGGUAUCUCCCAAUGUUUUUCCUUCUUUAACUACAUAUUCUGGUUUUAGAAGAGAAACUAACGAUCUGCCAAUUUUGUUUUUAUGA